CUUCCUGUUUUGAAUGACAUAGCCAUCGUCAGCACAAUGAUUAAUAUUCUGUUUCAGCACUCGUCACAGUUCUUAUUUGACUUAUAUAAGAACUAGAUUCUGUUAGCUGCAAACUAUAGUCGAAUUUUUACAGGAGUCAUUAAGGAGAAGAAGUAUUAAUAAAAGUGUUCAAAUACAGAACAAGGCCAGGCAGAAGAAGAGCAAGAUGAACGCUUGUUCCAUAGUGAUUUUGAUACUGCAAUGUUUGUACGGUGAGUUGUCGAAUUUAUUCCUGCUUUAUAUAUUAAAUAUUCAAUAGUCGUCGAAAUCAGUUUUCAUUUAGGCUGACUAUAGGCAUGCACGCAUGCUUUAGUUCGUUCUAAAUACCGGCUUAUUACUGACUAGGGGUCUAAAUCUCAAAGUCUGUUUAAUCAGUGAUGUCAAUACUGACUCCUAUAAUGAUUUCUAUAUAGACUCCUUAAUGAUAUGGGGAGAACAUUAACAUUCAGUGUUUGUUCAAAUGUGAUAGAAAUAACGUUCUCGGUUUUUCUGCUGAAAACAUUUUUUUGUCAGAAAUCAUUAUUGGAGAGAAUUAUUAAUGCUACACCCAAGUUUUUCCCUCAAAAACCUAGCAUGAUAACAUCGUUUUCUGAUCAGGCUGUUCACUCAGGUAUUAUACUAUUUGGUCGUGUAAAGGUAACGCGAAUACGUAGAUUUUCGAUAGAUUUUGCGGUAUAUUUUGCCCGCAUAGAAGGCUAUGCUCACAUGCAUGACUAAUAAACAGGCUAUUCCAGUUCGUUUGUCACAUUCGUUUGUGACACCCUUUUUCCCCUUCGAAAGUAAUCCUUCUAAACGGGACAAGUUCAUUUGUAUAUACAUGUACUCUGACUAACCCACACGACUUUAUACUUAUACUGUAUAUAAGUAUAUAAGACAAUCUAUUUCGACUGAAUUACACAUUUUCAGACCGCGUGUGUUCCAUGAAGAAAAAACCAGGCCCAUGCUGGGGAUACCUUUUACGAUAUUAUUACAACAAUAGCUCUGGAAAAUGCGAAACUUUCAUCUAUGGAGGUUGUCAAGGCAACAGAAACAGAUUUCGCACUAUGCAAGAAUGCCAGAAGAAAUGUGGUAAGCAUGUAGUCACGAAUGAUUCUGUUUUUGAACGGAUUCUCCCAUUCCUUUAAAGAGUCUCGGAUAAUAAUAACGGGGCAUAUACCAUAUACUUUAAUUUGCGCAACCCAACGGCACAAUAUCCUAGAAUAAAUUAGCUGUCACUAGAUCAACGAAAGGCUAUUAAAUUGUCAUUAGAUCAGUGAGAGAUUAUUAAAAAAAAAUUAAAAAAAAGUUCAUCAAGUUUAGGUUAGUGUCGGAUAAAGAUUAGAUUAGGAUUAGAUUAAGAUUAUGUUAGGGUUCAACUGCUUCAACAUGUGUCGCGAAUUUAUCGUAUUGAUAAUUUCGGGCGUGUUUAACAAUUUACUCAUAAAUAGUAUACUAAUUCAAAGGUGGAGCUCAUGUAGCCUGCGAAUACAGCCGGCUUGAUUCGCAGGCUAGAGCUCAUGCUGCUAAUACAGCCUCCUCUCAUGAAUCGUGAACCAAUUAUCUUGCGUAAUUUCCUAAUGAGAGCGAGGCUCCAAGACCAAAAAGUAUGUGUGACGCAAUUAUCGAAAAGGUAUAUUUCCACGAUUAUUUCUACAACUUCAAGUCUCAAGUUAAGCUUGUAAAAAGUUCGUCGGAUGGUGAUUAUCAAUAAAAAUAACUUCGAAAGUAUAUUCAUGCAGGCUUGUCAAGCUAUAGAUGCCUUUAAUAUUUUUUAUAAUUUGGUUUGGCCGCCGCAGCUGUAAUAAUACUAGAUUUUUAAAAAUAUCAUUGACUCAGCUGUUGCUAUAUUUAUACUAUGAGAUAAACUUUUAUAAGUUAAUGAUGGAUGUUGGCACAACUUCAACAGCGCCCUUUCUCACUUCUUAGCAGCUAGGUCAUGUAUUACUCAUUAGACAGUGAUUUAAAUUAUGAUCGAGCUUGGCCUUAAAUCUUAUAAUAACUUUUUUCUUAACUCUAGGUCAGCAGUGAACGAAAUCAAGUGGAAACAAAACAUUUAUGGUUGAUACGAUUAGUUUCGUAGAUGUAGCCUACAUGCAUGCAUGUUGGCUUUUCAGUUUUCAGUAUAAAAUUCUUACAUAUAUGUUUUAACGUUUUAAACUUUUACCUAUUCUUUUGUAUUGUGUAUUACAUCCAAUCUACAAAUAAACACUUGAAUAACAAAAACUUGUUGUUUCUUUCAUAUAACAGAAAUAUUCAUUUUUCUCGGUUUAUGCUGAGUAUAGCCGGCUACCACACGAUUUAACAAUGGCACCGCGUUCGCCCCCCCCCCCCCACCUUUACGGAAAAUUGAGGAAUUUUUUUUGCCCUAAAACAGGGCUAAAAACUGAGUGCGAAUGGGGGGUUAUCGGAAAUUUGAGGGUUUUUGUCGGAAAUUUAGAAGGCUUUACCCACCCACUUCCGCCACUGCGCGUUCGGCCCCCGCGUUUCCCCCAUCCUCCUAGGUUUUAUACGCACUAUCUUUUCGGUAUUAUAUACUAGCUUGCUUUAACAGCUUGAGAAUUUUUUAAUUGGGUGAAACAACUAUCAUCUAUCAUGUAAUUUUGAUUGGUCAAAAUAAUUAACCGUCUCCCUCUAGAAUCACUAAUGCAAAUUAAUUAGGUAUAAAAUAAUCAUUCAAUAAAUGUUUUAUGAAAUGACCUUAUUUUAAUUGAUUUCGGCAAGGUUUGACAAAUUCAGUAUCCUGCAAAUGCUUUGCGCCUAUACAUAAGUUUUAGUCGGAUUCGUAACACUUUUUUUCUAUCGUUUCUGUAUACCAAACAUACCAAAUCAGGAACGCCAAUUCAGGGCAUUUUUAUUUUAAUUAAUUUCUGCUGGAUUUAGCCUCAUUUGUAUUUAAAAUUACAUUGAACGAAAUCUUGAUGUUGGGACAAACGAAGGAUUUUAGAGUAGAUAAGUUAAGGUGGGUAUACUAUCUCCAAAAUCCUAUUCUAUAGGGUAUCGAAUAUACAUUUUAUUCUAAUUUUCAUAAUCUGCAUAGAUUAACCCGCUGGAAAAGUAGUGUGGGGACACUGUGUGGAAGGCAAAUGAUUGGUUAUUUUGAUCAGUGCAUGGAAUAUAAAAUUAUACAAUAUAUAGCUAACGUUGAAAUCCAAUCAUGUAUAUCAGUAGUGGAGGCAUUUUUUGAGCAUCCUGUAUAUUACGUAAAAUUUACUAACAUGCAUGCAGGUUUGACUCGCAAGUGGAUUUGAAUUAUACACGAAAAUCAAUUGUUCAUGUUUUAUUUGUUAAACCUCUUAAAACCAGGAACAAUUCCCAAGUCCCACAUGCACAAAGCUUAAACUGCAAGCUUCCAGCCCAAUUCUGCCGUGAAUUGAAAUAAUUAUAUAAUGCAUGGAAUUCAAUGCCCACAAUGACAGGCUGCAGCAUUUUCAUUAAAUAUUCUAUUUGGACAAAGAGACAUUGAUAAUAAUAGUAUUUGGUAUAAAGUAUAUGAGAAAAAUAAACUUAAUUUGUGUUGUUCAUCUUUUUGGUCAAGGAGAGUUUGAAAUAUUUAUGAUGAACAAUGUUAACAUAGCUACUUAUAAGUCCUGAUUAUUUUAAAAACAUGCAAUUGCGCGAUUAGAGCAGUCUUCAUGCAUGUUCGUAGGGCCUAGCACGAAAACCAAGUUUAUCACUUUUCAAAUUCAAAUGGAAGUUGUAUGUAAUUUUGAUAUUUGAAUGCAAAAUUUCAGUGGAUAAAUCAUGCAGUCUUACCUUUGCACGAACUCUGGUCAUUAGACAAUAAUUAAUUAUAAAUGUUUAGUAUUGUUUACCCAUGUGCACCGAUGCAAUUUUGAUAUAUAUAUAUAAACUUUUGCAAUUGAAUUAUUAAUUUUGUUCCAUAUUUUCCGGCACCGCAAUUGUAAACGUCUGCAACGUUAACAUGUUGCUAUUAUGCCAUGCAGUUUUGUCGUGAAACGCCAGAAACGGAUAUUAUUAAUUUUCAGUUUCAUUUGAUAUGUGUAAAGUAUUAUAGUCUCUAUAAUUGAACAGAAUCACCUCUCUUCAUUUACAUAGCUAUAUAUUUUACCGAGUUUUAUCGCAUGCGUUAUAACUACUUCAAAUUUUAGCUUAAUUUUUAAUAGUUUGGUCAACUCAAAUCCAAUUCAAAGACUCUCCAAUGCACUCCACUGAGAGGAAAAGAUAGUUUUAAGUAAGGGGCGGACCAUUAGAAAUCCCAGGGGGGGGGGGGUGAAAAUUCCCCAAAAGAAAUUCAUGCAAAGAAAAAUGCCUGGAAAAAAAUUCGCGCAGCCAUUACGUCAAAGAAAAAAUAUUCGUGCAAGCAAACAGCAAAGUGCAAAUAGUCUUGAAAAAAUUCUUGCAGAGGUUAAAUGUAUAAAAAAUCCUGCAGAGACAUGAGACUGAAAAAAAAUCGUGCCGCAAAAAUUUUAUACCCCCCCCCCUCCUCCCAGGAUUUCUAAUGGUCCGCCCCUAAGACGGUAUUCUUUGUUUGCAAUGAUUGCAUUGUAAAGACGACUUAAAAUGGCUUAACAAUGUCUUCUAUAGAAUUGUUAGGAAUAUAGGAUUUUAUUCCGUUUUUCUACGCGAGGUAGGGAAUCGUUACAGUGUUUCUAAUUAGUGUCACUAUAAUGUUAAUAUUGAAAUCGUUCCUUUUCAAAGUUAUCUUCUUUCUUCAGCCUCUUUCGUUGUUCACUGUUUGUUUUUUCUUUGUCGUUGUCUAGUUUCGUUUGAGCUUCAGUAGCUUUUCAUCAGUUAAGUUUUAUUAAGUCUAUGUUCACUGACGAAUUUGGGUUGUGCACGCCCUUUUAUACUAACGGUUGAGGGAUCUUUAUCCACGUGAUCUAGCAAGUGGUGUGAUUUGUAGCCAGCCAAUCAACGGUGAGGUUUAAAAGUGUGGGUUGGCGUUUGUAGCUCGUUCCAGCCCUCAAAUUCUGUUUAUUUAAGGCGUUGUCGCACUUGUCGAGUUGGUUCGCUGUUCAAUCGAUCAAUAUUAAAAUAUGUUCACAACUUAAAAUACUUAUCAAAAUAUCAUAGUAAAAUCUUCAACCUAUAUACCUAUGUGAACCUUACUUUACCUACUAAACUAAAUUUACUUACAAUUUUAUUGAACCAAGAUUUUGAUGACGUAAUGUUAUCAUUACUCAACCGCGCGAAAUAUACCGAAAAAUGAUUGACAGAGAUGCCCUAAGCAUGCACAUUUUCAUGUCAGAGAAGAACCAGCCUUGGACUUUGAAUUAUGUAAACACAACAGGCCACCAUGCAAGGCUAUCGUCCAACUUUGACAGUUUGACAAAUGAUUUAUCUUGCCUAAUGACAGAUAAUUGACACUUUUACACAAGUCCGAAAUGAUAUAUACUUUAUCUGAGUUUUACGGCAAAAAUGCUCAUUAUCUCUCCAUUUGACGUAACUAGUAUCUAUAAUUACCUGGAAUGCAAACUGAACUAUUUUUAUACUAUUUAGAUAUACUUUCGUAACAGAAUUUUGGUAACUUGCUUCCUUUUCAAGAUAUUCAACUUUGUUCCAUAUGCAAAUAUCACCGGUGUGACAUCACAUCGCGUAAUGACAUUUUAAAAACGCAAUAUUUUACCUUGAUAAAAUAUUUUUACAAACAAAUACAGAGAGUUAAUUACCAGUUAUGAAAUUAAUACAUAUACAAGGGCAAUUUUUAAGUGUUUUAGAUACGUAUUCGUCAAGAAAACUAUACUUUUCUGAAAACUCAUUAUGUGAUGUGAUGUCACACCGGUGAUAUUUGCAUAUGAAACAAAGUUGAAUAUCUUGAAAAGGAAGCAAGUUACCAAAAUUCUGUUACGAAAGUAUAUCUAAAUAGUAUAAAAAUAGUUCAGUUUGCAUCCCAGGUAAUUUAUAUAGAUACUAGUUACGUCAAAUGGAGAGAUAAUGAGCAUUUUUGCCGUAAAACUCAGAUAGAGUAUAUAUCAUUUCGGACUUGUGUAAAAGUGUCAAUUAUCUGUCCAUUAGGCAAGAUAAAUAAUUUGUCAAACUGUCAAAGUUGGACGAUAGCCUUGCAUGGUGUCCUGUUAUGUUUACAUAAUUCAAAGUCCAAGGCUGGUUCUUCUCUGACAUGAAAAUGUGCAUGCUUAGGGUAUUUCUAUCAAUCAUUUUUCGGUAUAUUUUGCGCGGUUGAGUAAUGAUAACAUUACGUCAUCAAAAUCUUGGUUCAAUAAAAUUGUAAGUAAAUUUAGUUUAGUAGGUAAAGUAAGGUUCACAUAGGAAUAUAGGUUGAAGAUUUUACUAUGAUAUUUUGAUAAGUAUUUUAAGUUGUGAACAUAUUUUAGUAUUGAUCGAUUGAACGGCGAACCAACUCGACAAGUGCGACAACGCCUUAAAUAAACAGAAUUUGAGGGCUGGAACGAGCUACCAACGCCAACCCACACUUUUAAACCUCAACGUUGAUUGGCUGGAUACAAAUCACACCACUUGCUAGAUCACGUGUACAAAGAUCCCUCAACCGUUAGUAUAAAAGGGCGUGCACAACCCAAAUUCGUCAGUGAACGUAGACUUAAUAAAACUUAACUGAUGAAAAGCUACUGAAGCUCAAACGAAACUAGACAACGACAAAGAAAAAACAAACAGUGAACAACGAAAGAGGCUGAAGAAAGAAGAUAACUUUGAAAAGGAACGAUUUCAAUAUUAACAUUAUAGUGACACUAAUUUGAAACACUGUAACGAUUCUCUACCUCGCGUAGAAAAACAGAAUAAAAUCCUAUAUUCCUAACAAUUCUAUAAAAGAUAUUAUUAAGCCAUUUUAAGUCGUCUUUACAAUGCAAUCAUAAACAUUUGGGGUGAAAUUUCGUGUCAUAGGCACUUUAAAGCCUUGCCAGAGUCUUUAGGAGCUGUAUGUAGCCAGUAGCCUCGUGUAAUAGCGCUGAACCAUUGCAUGGGUGUUACUAUAGGCGAACAGCUUAGGAGUGAACAAACAUGCAGUGGCGUAACGCUCAUCGGGUAGGGUUAGUUAAAAAACGGGCUAUCGCCCAGAAAAUUAGAAAACGCAAAAGAUACAGGUUAAGAAUCAAUGGGAAAAUGCAAAAUUAAUAAUGCUAAAUAAUAAAGCCUCCAUCGACAACAGUAGCUGAUUUUUUUUAUUCCAUCUCAAAAGUAAAACAAAAGUUAUUCUUAUUAGUUGUUACAUGUGUUGGAAACUGUUACAGGUAAACUACGUGAAGCGUUCCUCUUUUGAGUUUCUAAAUUGAUUGCAAUUUUCCUCAUUACUUUUGCAAUUUAAAAAACUCCCUAGCAAAUCCCUUGACUGAAAUUUGCAAUGUUGCUAAAAGCCAAUUAAAUUUUCCUCAGUUCCUGUUAGAAGUUCUUAACUUCCUGUUACAAGUUCCUAACUUCCUGUUCUGUUCUGGGCGUUGCAAUUGGCUAACAAAAAUAAUCGGCCAAUAACAACGCUCAGAACAGAACAGGAAGUUAGGAAAUUAAAACAGGAAGUUAGGAAAAUUUAAAAUGAAGUUUGUUGCAUUGGAAUAUUGCAACAUCCGAUAGGAAUGUUGCAAAUUCCCUCAAGGGAUUUGCAAAGAGUUUUUCAAAUUUGCAAAGCUAAUGAGGAAAAUUCCAAAUGAGUUAUGAAGUCAAAGGAGGAACGCUUCACGUAGUUUACCUGUAAAUGUUGUAUACAGUAUAUAUUUAAUCACGAUUUAAUCUAUCUUAAUCUUAGUCGAAGUGUAUCAAAUUCAAUCAUUACCAUAGUUCGUAACAACGUACUCUACCUACUAUACAUCAGUCAUCAGUGCAGUAUUACAGGUAAACUACGUGAAGCGUUCCUCUUUUUACUUCCUAACUCAUUUGGAAUUUUCCUUAUUAGCUUUGCAAAUUUGAAAAACUCUUUGCAAAUGCCUUGAGGGAAUUUGCAAUGUUCCUAUUGGCUGUUGCAAUAUUCCAAUGCAAAAAACUUCAUUUUAAAUUUUCCUAACUUCCUGUUUUAAUUUCCUGACUUCCUGUUCUGUUUUGAGCGUUGUCAUUGGUCGAUUAUUUUUGUUAGCAACAGAACAGGAAGUUAGGAACUUGUAACAGGAAGUUAGGAACUUCUAACAGGAACUGAGGAAAAUUUUAUCGGCUUUUAGCAACAUUGCAAAUUUCUUCAAGGGAUUUGCAAGGGAGUUUUUUAAAUUGCAAAGGUAAUGAGGAAAAUUGCAAUCAAUUUAGAAACUCAAAAGAGGAACGCUUGACGUAGUUUACCUGUAAUACUUUUUAAAGAAUAUUUCGCUAUACUUCACUAAUCUAAGAUAUGUUGUCACCCAAUUCUUACGACCACGCGCAAUACGUAAUGUGACGUCAGACUUUCAUUACAAUUUACAAGCCGUCGAUUUAUGUAGCUGAAAAGGUACAAAUUCUGUAGAUAUCAUACAAAGUUUAGAAUGAGUUGCGUAAAAACAGCGUAUUUAUUUAACAAAUAUAAAACAUUUUCCGUGUUGAUAUAGGCUACAGUUAUAUCAACACGAGUGGAAAUUGGGAAAACGAGAAAAUCCCAAUUUCCACGAGUGUUGAUAUAACUAUAUAUCAAUACGGAAAAAGUUUUAUAUUUGUUUCAUAAUAAAUAGCACAAAGAAAUAUAAAGAAAGAAAUUUUCCGACGUUUCCAUGUUGACAUUGAGUUAUAUCAACACGGCUCUUAGCCAAUCAGCGUUCAGAAUUUACAAAUGCUAUAUUAUAAAUUACUUUGAAGUUUGAAGUAUCUUUUUACAGAUUUCACAGAAUUCGUUAGACAUUCAUCCCUAAUACACUUGCAACCUUCUUUCUUAAUUUAGUAAUUAUAAAUCGGUUAAAUGAUCUCUAAUAAAACCAUCACCAUUUAAAACCACUUGAAAUAAUCAAACUAAGAUGCAAUCUGAUUCAUAGAAACAAAUCAGACUGCAAGACUUAUAAUAGUACGUGGUUUGGCGCGACUGUUGCUAUAAAGAUGUGGUAUGCAAAAGAAAGGACGAUAAAAAGUCUGCAGUAUAGCAGAUAUUUAACGCAAAAAAUCUCGUAGUCGUACCAGAUUUCGUAGCCGUAGCAAAUCUAAAGUUCCUAAUGGCAUAUCUAUGUUACGAGGCCACUCUUCAUCGAUGUGCGCCUUCUCAAGUCAUCCUGUGACACGAACCGCGAACCAAUUUAUAGUGUAGUUGUCGCGGUUGUUACUGAAAUUUGCAGUGAUAACGAUUAACCAUGCACGCGCGCGUGUACCAUGCCUAAAUGUACGGGAUUUGGAUUCAAAGCCUGAAAACAUUAAAUUAUAUUUUAGUGCAUGCCAUUGUAUAGUGGCAAUACUCAACUAUUUCAUAAUCCGGGAAUGUGCAUAAAAUCAUAACAUGCGAGCUUGCAACAAGUUUAUGCCUGCCAUAUAUUGACAUAUACAAUCCGUACACAUAAUUACUUUUACCUUAUCAUUUUAUAACAACUAUUAAUAAUAAUUCUCUGUGGUGUUAAUUAAGAGUUAACGAGUAGCAUUCUUCAGGUGUCUUAAAAAGGUGACCCUUUAGAUAUCACCAUUUUGUUAUAAACACCCAAAUUUCAUUACCCCUGGGAUCGAGUUUAGAAUUGCAUUGUAACUGUACGGGCAUGCUGAAACUGAAUAAAUUGUACAUGAAAAUUCUAAUUGAAAGCUAAAACGACUUAGAAAUAUGUUAGUCCCGUCAGUUGACUCAGUUCCCUUAAAAAUGGUUCAACUGACUAUAAUAAUAAUAAUAAUAAUUGAUGUUUAUUGAAACUCUCUUGCAGUAUAUUUACACUGAAUUAACGAGUCCAAAGUAUUACUAAAACUAUAUUUACAUGAAUACAUACAACUGUUAAAACUAUGUAUAAACAUUAAAAAUAUUGAAAGGUAAGAAAUUGUUCGGAUCUUAAAGUUCUGCAUUUGGUUGUGUUCUUAAAUAAAAUAUUAUUGUCUUGCCCAUUUCGUAGGCUAUAUAGGCUACCUGUAUUCGCUCAUCUUAUGUUUUGGGAGCAUAAAAUGCAGGGGAUGAUCCUCCUUCUUCAUUUUAGUCAUAUAUUUUUUACAUAACAGUUCGCGUCUGCUCUCCAAUGUUGGUAUCUGUGCCAUCGUCAUCGAUUCAUUAUAAUUGUCUAUGGAAGGGAAGAUGAUUCGAAGUGCCCUUGUCUGUAUUGAUUCUAUCCUUUCACUUAAGUAGUCAGGGAUCGCUUGCCAUAUUGGAACAGCAUAUUCCAAUAUGGGUCUGAUAGUAGUUAGAUACACUUUUAGUAUAUUCCUUUGCUCAACGUCAGCUCUACGAAGUACGCGGAGGGAAUAUAGCUUGCUUACAAGCUUAGUUUGUAGAUAUAAUCAACAUGUUUAUUCCACUUGAGAUCCCCACUCAAUUGAACUCAAAGUAAUUUAUAAUUGGUUACCCUUUCUACUAGGUGGCCGGACAUUUUGCCGAAAGACACUUUGCCGAAAGACAUUUUGCCGAAAGACAUUUUGCCGAACGGACAUUCUGUCGACGGACGUUGUGCCGAACGGACGUUUUCCCGAACGGACGUUUUGCCGAACGGACGUUUUGCCGAACGGACGUUUUGCCGAACGGACGUUUUGCCGAACGGACGUUUUGCCGAAUGGACGUUUUGCCGAACGGACAGUUUGCCGAACGGACAACUUGCCGAAAAUAGAGAUAUCUUCUGAACUUUAAAGGUUUCGCUUACACGGUUUUAAUUUCUGUGAUUAAUGUCAUUGUCAAUUUCGAUGACAGGAACUUUGAUAGUGAAGUAUAGUUUUGUUUUAUAUUCUUUCAAGUUUUUGACAAGUUUACCCAAAUUUCGCGAUAUAUAUAUAAAAGAAUAGUUCCCGUAUGGUUCAGAUAACUAAUUGAGUUCCUGGGAAUGAUCUCUAUAUAGCGCAGCUGUGUCAUCGACUAACUUUGUUCUUAAAUGCCAGUCAGAUAUUAGCUUAUUUGUCAUAAACGAGAAAAGAAUAACACCAAGUUUUGUUCCCUGAGGUAUACCUACUAUACCACCAUUUGGGGAUUUCCAGAGUCUGACAAAGAGUUUUUACUGUUUUACGCGCUGCUCCAAAUUAAUCAGCACAUAGUUCAUAACCAUAUUUAUUAUAUACACAAGGUCUGGAUAUGAGGUAUUCUGCAAUCUGAUUGGUUCUCUACUAGCAGGAUAUUAGCUCAUAUCCUGCUAGUAGAGAAAAACAAAAUGGCGGCCAAACUGAAUUUACGAUGUUUUGCAAACGAGAAAACGGCAAGUUGUCGCUUUUUAUAGCCUUCACAGGAUUAAAAACACAAUGAAAAACUCCCACAAAUUGUUUUAAGAUUAGGAAAUAAAUUUUUAAUAUUUAAAAUGGUUAAAAAUAUAUAUUUUUGAAAAAAUAAUCGGCCGAAAGAGCGAAGAUAAAAACAUAAACAAAAUAGAAAGAUAUUGAAAAUAUUCGAAAAGCAAAGUCUGUGAAUUCAGACCUUGUGUAUAUAAUAAAACAGUUAUUCCACUCACUCUCGUCGAAUAUGAGCGCCUCAUCGGCUAUCAGCUCAUAUUCGACUCGAGUUCGUAGAAUAACUGUUAAUUACAUGUUGAUAAUGAACCUCGCUCUCAUGAACCGUGAGCCAAUCACCUUGCGUAAUUUACAGUACUAAUGAGAGCGAGGCUCCAGGACCAAAAAGUAUGUGUGACGUAAUUAUCGAAAGGGCCGGUGUAUUGUGUUUACGCACUCAUGGCCAUGGGUUUAGUAUAUAGGAUUGAGGCAUUGAAAUGAAAACAAUAAUUAGCUAGUAAGGCUGAUACACUGUCACAUUCGUUUAGCCUGUAAUUGAAUUAAUUUUCUUUAAGUCAAUUGGAAACAUCCCCUAACAGUAUAUAGCCUAAGUGUUAUCACAGUUAAUAUUAAGUUACACAGUUAUUCCUAUUUUAUUAACUGUGGUGUUAUGAAUUAAAAAAAAAACAUGAAGACGAACGGCUCUCAUAAUUGAAUGUCAAAAAAACACUUACUGUAUAUAGCUAUGGUAAAAAAUAAACGGUUUUAGUGGCCAUCGAUCCUGUUUCGGAAUGACACAGACGAAUGGCUCUCGUAAUUUUCUGUCAAACACACUUAUACAACAGGGUGUAUAAAAAAAAUGUACACCCUUUCAACUUCAAAUUAACCGUAACCUAUUUUAGUAAUUUGACGCCGUAUAAUUUCUCAAUUAAUAAAUGCGUGAAAACAAGGUCUUCUGCACAUGGAAAUUUAGGAUAACUUCUAUUUGUAUGAAAAAAUGCACAACUCAAAGAAAAAUGUUUAAAUUAAGCAUUAUUUUAGUCUGCGUGAGAUAUAAAAUGGGCCAGCUUGCUGCAGAACAACGAUUAUUUAAAAGGUUAUGGCUAAUUUGAAUUUGAAAGGGUGUACAUUUUUAAAAUUGUUUUUGAUACUUCCUGUUUUGAAUGGCAUAGCCAUCGUCAGCACAAUGAUUAAUAUUCUGUUUCAGCACUCGUCACAGUUCUUAUUUGACUUAUACAAGAACUAGAUUCUGUUACCUGCAAACUAUAGUCGAAUUUUUACAGGAGUCAUUAAGUAGAAGAAGUAUUAAUAAAAGUGUUCAAAUACAGAACAAGGCCAGGCAGAAGAAGAGCAAGAUGAACGCGUGUUCCAUAGUGAUUUUGAUACUGCAAUGUUUGUACGGUGAGUUGUCGAAUUUAUUCCUGCUUUAUAUAUUAAAUAUUCAAUAGUCGUCGAAAUCAGUUUUCAUUUAGGCUGACUAUAGGCAUGCACGCAUGCUUUAGUUCGUUCUAAAUACCGGCUUAUUACUGACUAGGGGUCUAAAUCUCAAAGUCUGUUUAAUCAGUGAUGUCAAUACUGAUUCCUAUAAUGAUUUCUAUACAGACUCCUUAAUGAUAUGGGGAGAACAUUAACAUUCAGUGUUUGUUCAAAUGUGAUAGAAAUAACGUUCUCGGUUUUUCUGCUGAAAACAUUUUUUUUGUCAGAAAUCAUUAUUGGAGAGAAUUAAUGCUACACCCAAGUUUUUCCCUCAAAAACCUAGCAUGAUAACAUCGUUUUCUGACAAGGCUGUUCACUCAGGUAUUAUACUAUUUGGUAAAAUCAGUCACUCUGUUAAAUCAAGCGUCAGCUGAAUUACUUCUGAUACCUCAUAGCUGAUGACAUGCAAAAUACUGUCAAAUUUUAUGAAACAAUAAUAAGCAAAAUUCACACUCUUUUUCCAGCAACAAGCAGUGCGAAAUUCAUCUUUCGUCCUCAAUUUUGCAAUAUGAAGAAGGAAGCUGGGCUAUGCCGAGCAAGUGUACCAAUGUAUUACUAUAAUCAACGUCAAGGAAAAUGCCUUCAAUUCAUCUAUGGUGGUUGUGGAGGAAACCUAAACAGGUUUAAAACUAUUGAAGGUUGCAAAAACACGUGUAAAGGUAACGCGAAUACGUAGAUUUUACGAUAGAUUUUGCGGUAUAUUUUGCCCGCAUAGAAGGCUAUGCUCACAUGCAUGACUAAUAAACAGGCUAUUCCAGUUCGUUUGUCACAUUCGUUUGUGACACCCUUUUUCCCCUUCGAAAGUAAUCCUUCUAAACGGGACAAGUUCAUUUGUAUAUACAUGUACUCUGACUAACCCACACGACUUUAUACUUAUACUGUAUAUAAGUAUAUAAGACAAUUUAUUUCGACUGAAUUACACAUUUUCAGACCGCGUGUGUUCCAUGAAGAAAAAACCAGGGCCAUGCUGGGGAUACCUUUUACGAUAUUAUUACAACAAUAGCUCUGGAAAAUGCGAAACUUUCAUCUAUGGAGGUUGUCAAGGCAACAGAAACAGAUUUCGCACUAUGCAAGAAUGCCAGAAGAAAUGUGGUAAGCAUGUAGUCACGAAUGAUUCUGUUUUUGAACGGAUUCUCCCAUUCCUUUAAAGAGUCUCGGAUAAUAAUAACGGGGCAUAUACCGUAUACUUUAGUUUGCGCAACCCAACGGCACAAUAUCCUAGAAUAAAUUAGCUGUCACUAGAUCAACGAAAGGCUAUUAAAUUGUCAUUAGAUCAGUGAGAGAUUAUUAAAAAAAUUUUUUAAAAAGUUCAUCAAGUUUAGGUUAGUGUCCGAUAAAGAUUAGAUUAGAUUAAGAUUAUGUUAGGGUUCAACUUCUUCAACAUGUGUCGCGAAUUUAUCGUAUUGAUAAUUUCGGGCGUGUUUAACAAUUUACUCAUAUAUAGUACUAAUUCAAAGGUGGAGCUCAUGUAGCCUGCGAAUACAGCCGGCCUGAUUCGCAGGCUAGAGCUCAUGCUGCUAAUACAGCCUCCUCUCAUGAAUCGUGAACCAAUCAUCUUGCGUAAUUUACUAAUGAGAGCGAGACUCCAAGACCAAAAAGUAUGUGUGACGCAAUUAUCGAAAAGGUGUAUUUCCACGAUUAUUUCUACAACUUCAAGUCUCAAGCUAAGCUUGUAAAAAGUUCGUCGGAUGGUGAUUAUCAACAAAAAUAACUUCGAAAGUAUAUUCAUGCAGGCUUGUCAAGCUAUAGAUGCCUUUAAUAUUUUUUAUAAUUUGGUUUGCUACCGUGACGGCCGCCGCAGCUGUAAUAAUACUAGAUUUUUAAAAAUAUCAUUGACUCAGCUGUUGCUAUAUUUAUACUAUGAGAUAAACUUUUAUAAGUUAAUGAUGGAUGUUGGCACAACUUCAACAGCGUCCUUUCUCACUUCUUAGCAGCUAGGUCAUGUAUUACUCAUCAGACAGUGAUUUAAAUUAUGAUCGAGCUUGACCUUAAAUCUUAUAAUAACUUUUUUCUUAACUCUAGGUCAGCAGUGAACGAAAUCAAGUGGAAACAAAACAUUUAUGGUUGAUACGAUUAGUUUCGUAGAUGUACAUGCAUGCAUGUUGGCUUUUCAGUUUUCAGUAUAAAAUUCUUACAUAUAUGUUUUAACGUUUUAAACUUUUACCUAUUCUUUUGUAUUGUGUAUUACAUCCAAUCUACAAAUAAACACUUGAAUAACAAAAA